AUUUAAAAUUUGCUUUGUAUCUUAUUCUCUGUUUAUUUAUUUAUUUUUUUGCAGAAAUUCUGUCCUUGAAAUUAAAGGAGAUAGAAGUUAGAGCUGAAUCAUGGCGGAGUAUAAAGAAAGUAAGUAUCGAUGCGUAAGUACAUCAACACUCAAGGAGUUUCGAGACUUGAAUCUGCCCAAGGGGAAGAUAUAUGCUAAUCUCGGUAAAUAUCUAAUGGACUCGAAGUAUUGCGACAAACUCACCCACGAGCUGACUAAGGGAGCCAAGAUUUCCGAACAUGGAACAGCUGUUAGGAAAUGCUACAGGUGCCGAAAAAGAUUUGAGGUCACACCAGAGGGAAAAUACACGGUGAACGAAAAAUGUUACUACCAUCCAGAUAAAGUAAUAAAAUUUUCUGGCCAUCCAUCUAUCUUCAAGUGCUGUAAAAGACACGCUUCUCUUAUUGGAUGCAAAGUGUAUCCGUUACACAUUUGUGGAGAUCCACUGCUCAAACCGGAGAUCAAAAGAACUGGUGAAAAGCGCCUUGCACACCAGCUUCGUGGAGUCUACGGAUUAGAUUGCGAAAUGGUUUACACUGUAAAAGGAUUGGAAGUUGCAAAAGUCGGUUUAGUUAAUGAAGAAGGCUUCACAAUUUACGAGUCCUUCGUACAACCUGAAAAUGAAAUCCUUGAUUAUUGCACCAAAUUUAGUGGCAUAAAGGCCGAAGAUUUACUUGGAGUAACAACAACUCUUAGUGAUGUACAAAGUUUCCUAGGUAACCUGCUUCACAUCGAAUGCAUAUUAAUCGGACAUGGACUUGAAGGAGACCUCCGAUGUCUAAGACUGACUCACACUAAUAUAGUGGACACAUCUGUUGUUUUCGCAAGGAGUGAUGGCUCUAAGCCAAAGCUUAGAGACCUACCUUACGAAAAACUAAAGCUUGUGGUGCAAAAUGACAUUGGUGGGCAUUAUUGCAUCGAAGAUGCAAGAACUUCCAUGGCUUUGAUGUUGAAUAAAAUUAAGGAAGACAAAGUUACCCAAGCUGUAUCACAAAAAAAUACUGUAACUAAUGAAUGUCGAAAGUUCAAUAUCACGACUCAAUGUAUAGAUAUGGCAUUUCUAUCAGCCCAGGGCAUUAGCCAGGAAGAGUUACACACCAGAAAAUGGCCUUUUUUUGAAACAUCACAUCAGCCUGAAUAUCACAUAGUUGAACAGAAAGGUAGUUUUAAAAAGGUGUGUUAUAUUUGCACAAAUCUACAAUUUGGACAUGACUCUUACUGCUACGCUUAAAAUUUAAGUUUUUAAUUACGAACGGUAUACAGUCAUGUUCGUGUGAGUCGAAAUAAGGAUAAGUAAGACUUGGAUGUUACAUGUUGGCUUAUCAAUUCACUGUAUGUAGAUUUGUAUGAAUGGAUCACCCAUAUUAAUUUUUUGUUUUAAAAUUUAGUUCAUUAAAUUAGUUAUUAAAAUUCAUUUAAAUUAGUUCUUUUAAAAUUUUUUCUUAUUAGUUAAAAUUAAUUUAAAUUAGUUAUUAAAAAUUUAGGAAAGUGAUUCAGUUUUUAAUCUGUAUAUUUCGAAUGAUUUCUUGAGUUAUGAAAGAGAAUUGUAAUUGUAAUGUUCGGAAGUUAUAUGCUGUUU